AUGACGACCUCACAGAAGGAGGACACCGCCCUCCAGGACCUCUCCGCCAGACCAUCGACGCAACGACGGCCGGAAGCGAGAGGUCCCAACCAACAACCUGCUGAAGCCCCCGCCUCUCCGCCGAGAAGGCCGGGCACUCCUCCAACGCAUGUUGGGCCGAGUCUACAUCGGCCCCACACUGCCGCCUCGUGGGAUAUGACGAAUUCGUCAGAACUUGUCCGAACAUAUUUUCGUCCGAAUUCGCAAAGUAAUACAGAAAUAGACGAAUGCCUACUCGACAUGGAAAAACACAUUAAAACAUCUAUGGAAAAAACAAUACCAAAAAGCAGGUCCACAAACAGUAUAGACAAAUACAUAAACAAUAGAAUCACCAGCCUCAGGAGAGAUAAAUCCUUCCUAGUUACGCUAGUAACCAGACGGAGAUCAACUUUCAAUCAGGAACAGCGACAAUGUAUAAAAAUUAUCAUCAAAUCUAUAAAAUAUCUUCUAGCCAAGGAAUUCUCCAAAGCGGUGAAUAGAUUCUGGGCACAAAAAGCAAAGGAAAUUGAUCAUACAAAAUCGGACAAAUUCUUCACUAUAAUUAAUCAGAUGUUCAGAAGGAAAAACGGAAUAAUCAUAGAAGAUCUAACAUUAAAUGACCAUCAUACAGCAAUAGUUAGUAGAGUAGGAGCCACUAAUGAACUAAUCCAUGGAACAAACGGAUCAUAUCUAGUGGAAAACACACAGGCAAAAAUAGAAAUAUUAGGAGCCCAUUUUGAAGAAAUAAAUGCACCAAUAUAUCUCAACGAAGGCACUCGAUUAAAGGAAAUCGUUGACAGAACAACAGAGGAAUUCAGAAUGCAAAUCCAUCCUCGACACCGUGUAACAGAAUUCUCGCAAGAAAACCCAGCCUCCUGCCCCACAAGAAUCAAUGUAGAGGAUGACAUUGAACUAUUCACUAAUAGACUACAAGUUCAAACAAUCUGCAAGAAACUACCAAAUAAAACAUCCACGGGACCGGACGACAUGCCCGAAAUAGUAAUCAAACACCUUCCUCCGAUAAUUAUUAGAACAUACACAGCCAUAUUUAACAAUGCAUUAAACAAUGGAUAUUUUCCAACGGCAUGGAAGAAAACAAAAAUAAUACCGAUACAGAAGAAGGACAGAGAAAACAGAUCUCCUGGAAACUAUAGAUCCAUCAACCUUGCACUCAAUAUUAGUAAAGUAUAUGAAAUCAUCAUAAAGCAAGCACUAGAAAGAUCAUGCAAGAAAAACAAUAUAAUCGCCGACAACCAAUUCGGUUUCAAAUACAGGCACUCUACUCUCCACGCCGUUGAAAAACUAAUGUCCGACAUCUACAAAUAUCUAAACAAUAAAGACAUAGUUACAGCAUGUUUAAUAGAGAUUGAGAAAGCUUUUGAUACCGUCUGA